CGAGUGUUGACAUCAGACCCUGGAAGCCCUCGGACAUUAAGGUAUUCUUAUUAUUAUUCCUGCUACCGCGAAUACUACUUACUCUCUACUUACUCCAAAUAUUAAUUCUUGUUGUUCGCGUCGGGGCAUCCAUGAUCGCCCUCCCUCGUGUUUCCUCGGACAUCGUCGUCGCUUAGUUCUUACCCUACCCUCCCUCAUCGCGACGCCAGCCUCCCACUCUUCCACCUCUCGUUUUCCUAUAUACAGCUGUUUCCUUACCUCUAUAGGAUAUUUCCAGCAUCUCGACUGAGCUCUCACUUGACCAGACGAGCUGGUGCAGUUCAAUAAUUCCUACCCCUCGAUUUCUAGGACAUCCCUGCGCUUCCGCACAUCCGCAUCCCCCACAUCAUCAUGGCUGCGCUCUACAGGACACUCACCGGUCAAUCACAAAAGUCCCAUCACUCCGAACACUCUCAUCAUUCGCAUGCACAUUCGCAUUCGCAUUCACAUUCCAAUAUAGCUCACCCUGUCUUGACAAGAACGACCACGACUGAUCCCUUGACUGGCACUCUCAACCACUUGACCCCGGUCCAAGAAGAGAAGCUCGAGGAAUUCAAGGCUGAAUUGUUAAAGGAUGGAUGGUGGUCUCCUGAUAGUGUCAAUGGCAAGGCUACGCAUGAUGACGGAACAUUGCUUCGAUAUCUUAGAGCCCGAAAGUUUGAUGUCCAAGGCGCAAUCGGUCAAUUUACCGACACGGAGAAAUGGAUGAAGGAACAGCAUGUGGUUGAACUCUAUGAUCACUUCGAUGUCGAUAUCUAUGAGAAGGCCCGUCUCAUGUACCCUCAGUGGACCGGUCAUCGGGAUAGACGAGGCAUUCCCAUCUACGUCUUCGAAAUCAAAGGUCUAGACAGCAAGAACGUCUCCAAAUACCAAAAAGAGUCGGAGGCUUACAAGAAGAAACUCCCCCUGCACAAGAACCUUUCCACCCCCGCCAAAUUAAUCCCCCUCUUCGCUCUCUACCAGAAUCUCCUCAAUUUCGUCCUUCCCUUCGUCUCUACACUUGAACGACCGAAUCCCGAAGUCCCCGUCACUACCUCCACAAACAUUGUCGACAUCACCGGCGUUGGCUUGACCCAGUUCUGGAAUUUGAAGGGUCAUAUGCAAGACGCGAGUAUUUUGGCUACUGCCCAUUACCCCGAGACUCUGGACCGAAUCUUUAUUAUUGGUGCCCCUGCAUUCUUUCCCACAGUCUGGGGCUGGAUCAAGCGAUGGUUUGAUCCCGUCACCGUGUCUAAAAUCUUCAUUCUCGGCAAACACGAAGUCAAACCGACUCUCGAAAAGUUUAUGGACCCCAAAGACUUCCCCAAGAAAUAUGGUGGAGAAUUAGAGUGGAAUUGGGGUGAACUGCCUGAUUUGGAUGCAGAGACACGUGCGGCUCUCGAAAAGGACGGGAACAAGGGCUGGGUUACAGGUCCUUGUCUUUGGCUCGACGGCCAGCGGCUUGUGGUCGGUUCUCAAGAUGGAACCCUGAGGAAACCCGACAGCGAAGUUGAGAAACACCUGCCUAUUGUCUAUGCCGCAGAUUACACAGAUGUACCCGUCCACCCCGAUCGAAAGCUUUCCAAAGCGAGCGAGAAAGCGCGCCUAUCGCAUGCAGCCAACGGGACAGCAGAACCUCACCACAUUGCCGAAUCCGAGACCGCAAAAGUAGCACCAGACGGGGCCACGACCGCCACAGUCAUCGCAGCGCAGACCAAGCCGACUAGCUCGCAAACUCAGCUCGACCCUGAGAAACUCGAAGGCAAGAACAUUCACUCAUCUCCUGCCAGUGGAUCGGCCGUUCACCUGCCCACGGCACAAGCCGCCCACCCGGCCGUCACAGCAGAGUACAUUUCUUCUAACAACAAUCUUACAGCCCAGGAAUUACACGAAGUACCCGUUGAAGAUCAUCCACAUCCAUCACAGUCCGUACCAGUCGAAUCUCGAAGGCAGUCACAGACUCACUCCCGACCGUCAACCGCCGGCGGGGCACCACAUGUAGCCGCCCUUCCCCAGUCGGGACCUAUUUCCGAGCAUGCCGAGGCCAUGAACAAGGCUGUCGUGGAGGGAUUGUCUGGCGAGUCCGUGUCCGAAAUCCCCGCCACGGCAAAUGGACAUUCGACAGAAGGACAUGCCGAGGUGUUGAUCGCCAGUGAUGGCAGCAAGGGUCUUGCCAUCGAACAGGACAAACUUGACCGACCUCCCAUGGAGAGAUUCGUCACAGCAGGAACUGGGCUGACGUCUUAGUGGGACCGAGUCAGAAAUUUGUCGAGGUGCAGGACGAGUACGAGCUAAAGAACAUUACAUCACCAAUCCAUCUCUGAAUAUUCGGGUUUCGGUCUCAUUUACGUGCUUUCGUUCUUUGGACGUGUACGAAACGAACAGUUAUUCUUUUCUGCUGGAUACCGUUGUUGUUGUUGUUCUAUGGUCUCGCAGUCGCACUAUCCAAUGGGUUUGUUUGGGAUUCUCUCUUCUGGCAAUUAAACAACUUGGUUGUUGCUUUUUCGUUCGGUUGCACGGUUCCAACACAAGACCACAUACCCGGGGAGUUGGAGUUUUGAUAUGUUUGGAAUCGAAUGAAGAGAAGGCGAGGUUUCAAGGGAGAGUUGCCUUAGUCUCUCGUCGAGAGUGAGGGUGAGAUGGCAUGGAUGCAUUGAUUAUCUUGAUCGCUGAGACUCAUGGUGAUUUCAAUAAUCAUUAUACUCAUCACCGUGAUCAUGACUUGGUUAAAGUCUUUGGUUUCUUCCUCACCUUGAGUAGUAUCAUUUACAUUCCAAGACGACAUGCCCUAUUCCCGUAGAGGGGAUAAUCGUGAUCCACAAUCCAACAAACACGGCAAGACAAUAGCACCAAAGUCACAUUAUACAAUAUUUAGAAUCACAUGAUACGAC